CCUCGGGAAAUGAACAUGAGUCUGCCAGGCCGUGUCUCCUGCUCCAUGCUCAACUGCUUUGGUGAGGAAGGCCCUCCCAGUUUGGAGUAUAUCCAGGCCAAGGACUUGUUCCCCCCGAAAGAGCUAGUAAAGGAGGAAGAGUCAUUGCAGGUCCCAUUCACUGUGUUGCAGGGCGAGGGAGUGGAGUAUCUUGGCCAUGCAAACGAUGCUGUGAUCGCCAUCUCCAACUACCGGCUUCACAUCAAAUUCAAGGAUUCUGUGAUCAAUGUGCCUUUGAGGAUGAUGGAAAGUGUGGAGUGUCGGGAUAUGUUCCAGCUUCACAUCGUCUGCAAGGACUCCAAAGUGAUCAGGUGCCAUUUUUCCACCUUUAAGCAGUGCCAGGAGUGGCUGAAGAGGCUAACUCGAGCCAUUGCCCGCCCUGCUAAGCCGGAGGACCUCUUUGCGUUUGCCUACCAUGCGUGGUGCUUAGGAGUCUGUGUUGAUGAGGAGGAUCAACAUGCACAUCUCUGCCGUCCAGGAGACCAUGUGAGAUACCGAUUUGAGAUGGAGCUGGUGAGGAUGGGCUUUGACUUGCAGAACGUCUGGCGCGUCUCUGACAUCAACAACAAUUACAAGCUUUGUUCCAGUUAUCCCCAGAAGUUGCUGGUCCCUGUCUGGAUCACCGAUAAGGAGCUAGAGAACGUGGCUUCAUUUAGGUCGUGGAAAAGGAUCCCUGUGGUGGUGUACAGACACGUGCGCAACGGGGCGGUGAUUGCACGCUGCAGCCAGCCUGAAAUCAGCUGGUGGGGCUGGCGAAACGCUGACGACGAGUAUCUUGUAACAUCUAUUGCCAAAGCCUGUGCCUUGAACCCUGGAGUAAAGGUACCUGGUGGCAUGCCGCACAAUGGGAGCAGCGACGGCAGCGAGGCCUGCGAUGCCGACUUCGACUCGUCCCUGACCGCGUGCUCAGGCGUGGAGAACGCUGGAACUCCUCAGAAGCUGCUGAUUCUCGAUGCCAGGUCCUACACUGCAGCUGUGGCCAACAGAGCGAAGGGAGGCGGCUGCGAAUGUGAAGAGUAUUACCCAAACUGUGAAGUUGUGUUCAUGGGCAUGGCCAACAUCCACUCCAUCCGGAACAGCUUCCAGUAUCUGCGUGCUGUCUGCAGUCAGGUGCCAGACCCCAGCAACUGGCUUUCAGCCCUGGAGAGCACCAAGUGGCUGCAGCACCUUUCUGUCAUGCUGAAGGCAGCAGUGCUGGUCUCCAGUGCAGUUGACAGAGAAGGGCGUCCAGUGCUGGUUCAUUGCUCAGAUGGCUGGGACAGGACUCCGCAGAUUGUAGCACUGGCAAAGAUUCUUCUGGACCCUUACUACAGGACCAUGGAGGGCUUCCAGGUGCUUGUUGAAUCAGAUUGGCUGGAUUUUGGUCAUAAGUUUGGUGAUCGCUGUGGUCACCAGGAGAAGGUGGAAGAUCAGAACGAGCAGUGCCCAGUUUUUCUCCAGUGGCUGGAUGCUGUUCAUCAGCUUCUGAAGCAAUUUCCUUGCCUCUUUGAAUUUAACGAAGCUUUUUUGGUGAAGCUGGUGCAGCACACGUAUUCCUGCCUCUAUGGGACCUUCCUUGGGAACAGCCCCUGCGAGCGAGAGAUGCACAACAUCUACAAGCGUACCUGCUCCGUGUGGUCCCUCCUGCGGGCUGGCAAUAAGAACUUCCACAAUCUUCUCUAUAUGCCAGGGUCUGAGCAGGUGCUGCAUCCAGUGUGCCACGUGCGAGCGCUGCAUGUCUGGACAGCAGUGUAUCUCCCAGCUUCCUCACCGCAUCCUCUGGGACAGGAUGAUAUGGACAUUUACCUGCCCCCUGGAUCUCAGAGCCAGGAGUUCAGUGGCAGAUGUUUGGACAGGUUACCAAAGACAAGAUCUAUGGAUGACUUGCUUUCAGCCUGCGACUCCAGCAGCCCGCUGACCCGCACGUCUAGUGAUCCCAACCUGAAUAACCACUGUCAGGAAGUGCGGGUGGGCCUGGAAGCCCGGCAUGCCACCGCUGAGGGAGCCGAGCUGCACUUGGGCGAAGGUAGUGCUGUGGCUGCGGGAGAGACACGGCAGGCAGAGGAGCAAGAGGAAAACGUUCCCCUGCAAGCCAACAGCACUUGUAGCAGCCGUGCUGAGCACGAAGGGCAUAGCAAGCAACUGAGCAGCUGGGCUUCUGUGCCAGCAAGCAGUGCCUCUCUGGAGGCAGAAAAGGGGAACAGAACAUACAUGGAGGAACUGGAUAGCACGUGUCCAGCUCCAGAUCCUUCCGGACAGGAAAAUGUUGACAGGGUUUCCACCAGUUCCGGAAAGCAGUUAGAAACCUGUCCCCAGGAACCUUUGAAGGCUACUGGCAUGGUGUCCAAUGGAGGAGGCUGUCCCAAGAGAAACACCACCUGCCAAGACAUUCCCAGCCAGCAGUCCCUGGCACCAAGCGCCCCUUGUCAGGACAUCCCAAGCCCUGCCCUGGGCAUCCCCUGCCCAGAUGAAGAUGACGGCAAAGGCGAUGCUGGAAGGAGUGUGCCCUGCGAGGAGCCUGGCCGGCUGGGGAGAGUCCCACUAGAGCAAUGGCGCAAGCCCAUUUCCCAGAGCCAAAGCAGCGAGUUCUCCUUCCUGGGGUCCAACUGGGACAGUUUUCAAGGAAUGGUGACAUCACUCCCCAAUGGGGAGCCUGCAUCCAGACACCUCCUCUCCUAUGGCUGCUGUAGCAAGAGGUUGAGCAGCAAACCGCUGCGGGCACCAGGCCUGUGCCUCAGUGGCCAGUGGUCUACCAGAGAAGGUGUGAAACCCUCAGUCUGCUCUGGCCACGUUGGCACGCAUUUUGCAGGACCCGCAGGGAAGCCCGGCCGUUCGUGGCUGCCCUGCCACCUGAAACAAGUGUCUGGUCCCAAGCAUAUGCCGCCAAAAUGUCCUUCUCCUGUGCCUCCUCUCUACCUGGACGAUGAUGGGCUCCCCUUCCCCACGGAUGUGAUUCAGCACAGGCUGCGGCAGAUCGAGGCCAGCUACAAGCAGGAGGUGGAGCAGCUGCGCAGGCAGGUGCGAGAGCUGCAGCUGCGCCUGGACAUCCGCCACUUCUGCGCCCCUCCGGCUGAGCCUCCGAUGGACUACGAGGAUGACUUUACAUGUCUGAAGGAAUCGGACAGCAGCGACACUGAGGAUUUCUGUUCUGAUCAUAGUGAAGACUGUUUGUCAGAAGCGAGCUGGGAGCCUGUUGAUAAGAAGGAGACUGAGGUCACGCGGUGGGUUCCAGACCACAUGGCCUCGCAUUGUUUUAACUGCGAUUGUGAAUUCUGGCUGGCCAAACGGAGGCAUCACUGCAGGAACUGUGGGAACGUGUUUUGUGCUGGUUGCUGCCAUCUGAAGUUGCCCAUCCCUGAUCAGCAGUUGUACGACCCUGUCCUCGUUUGUAACUCCUGUUAUGACCACAUCCAAGUGUCUCGUGCCAGGGAGCUCAUGAGCCAACAUCUGAAGAAACCCAUCGCCACAGCUUCCAGCUGAAUGCCAGACGAGGGACCUGUCUAAGCCCAGCCUUUUCUGUCGUGGGUUUGAAGGGUGACUCUGCCUCCACUGUAACUGUGAAGGCCGUUGGUGCAACACUUGAACACCAAGCUUGAAUGCGCUGUCUUCAGCAGUCUUACUAUCAGUCUGGAGCAGAGGAGCUCAGAUUAGAGAGCAUGGUGCGUGUCCCCGCUCUGGUACCGUUGGGCCCGUGCAUUGUAGUCUGAUGACCUAGGGCUAAAGAGGGGAUUGCAACCUCUUUCUUUUGUGGGCUGGAAAACAAUGUUUUCACAGAUGUCGCCUGUGCAAAGUACCCCCAAAGCAAUAGAAAGGCAUGUUUAGAACCAACUCCCCCUACAAAGGCAGGCUGCUGUACGAGAAGGAAGAGGGCAGGCUCCAGGUGGUACCGUGUGCUUUGGAAGGGCCUCAGCCUGGAGCAGUUCUGUAGAUUCUCUUUCCAUGAGUGUGAUUUGCGAUCAGCUUGGUGAACAAGACUCAUUAGCUGUCACCAAUGGAUUUUCUCUUGAGCGUUGAGGAGAAAUUCAUUCUGGCUGAAAACAGGCCAAGCAGAUUUUGCCCGUUUUCACGCUUUGCUAGGAUUGGUGAACGCACUUGACUUUGCCCCGGCCCCCAACACUGCGGGGAGAUGGGAGGUUGGCUUUUUCACUUCGGCUCUGCCCAUCUGCUUUGUCUGCGGUCGUGUCACAGCCUGGUGCUAACACAGGAAUGGCACCCUGAUCCUCUCCUGGCAUGGAAACAGAACUCGUGUUCCUGUGUUGCUCCUCCUCUCCUUUUCUGCCCUCAGCUCUCCACUUCCCACUGCUCCUUAUCCUGAAAACUUGAUACCUUGAGGGUAUAGGCCAUAAUGUGUUGUUUUACCUCCUGGAAUGUGCUGUCUGGUGUAUGUGAGGGUUUCAGUCCAAAUGCUGCUAUAUAUUUCUGUGCACUUAAUGUAACCCGAAGAAGGGAGAAUGAAGCAUCGAUACCAAAACGGGGGUGGGGAAGGACCCUGGCUGACAUAGACACUACGGUCUGUGCUUUUCACUUUAGGAUGUACAGCCAAGAUACAGUGAUAAACAUGAUGUGUGGCAUCUGUUCAGUGGUGGAAACAAUCUCUCUGACUUGCCCCAGCGCUACCUAAAAUGCCUCUUGAAUUUGACUUCUUAUUUGUCUCCUGUACAGCGGUCAAAGUUCGGAGUUGCCAACUUGUAAUUGCCUCUUUAAACUAGAGAGCAGGAAUCCCAACUCCUUCUAAGGAAAAGGAACUGGGUUUAGAAAGAAGGAAAGGUUUAGAAAGAAAGCGGGCUUCAGGUGGGCUUUUAAUCCCUAGAUCCCUCGGGGAGUACCCAUCCUGCCUCCUUUCUAAGAAAUCUGCGGAUAUUAAUGAGGAAGAAGAGUUUGAAAGUGGGGCAUUUCUUCGCAGAAAUGCAGGUUUUCUUUCCAACUAAAUGAAAAUGUCCGAUAUAUUCUGCACCUUGUGAGCUGAGACUUUGUAUGUGGCAGGGGGGGAGGACCUGUGAGGACAUUGGGUCUACUAAUAAGGCAAAGUACUUCAUGCUGUUGUGAUCUCCCAAAUUUUUUGUUAAUGGUUUGCCAUCUCUGUCGGAGAGAAUGGAAUAAUGACCCUUUCCUGCACUUUGGUAUGUCAGCCUCUGGUUUUGUAAAUCCCAAUAGUGCAAGCAAAGCUAGCAUCAUCUGAAGACCCUGUACUUACUUGGACUCUGCUUCUUUUCCAUACUGGGAACAACCAAUAUGGCUUUGGGAAGAGAAGGCACCUUGCUUCAGAUUCUCCCCUGCCUUGUACCUUGCAGUCAUUGCCGGACAUGGAAGAGUGACCGUUGGGCUGGCAGAAGAAACUGGAUUUGCUCCUGUUUUGCACACGUUGGAAUGACUGCAAGCAAUAAGGAAGCCAGAAACUAGGUACUCCUGGCCCUUCUGUUCAGGCCAUUAGUCCAAACUGCUUUUAGCUCUUGUGAGUUUCAGCGUCACAAUGUGCUGGCCAAAAACUCUAAAAUCAGUUCAAUAGCAUUGUGACAAACAAAAUGUGCUGUACAACUCAAUACAGUCGAAAUAAAAUCUCUAUAUUAGUGCU